AUGGAAUCUGUAUUAAGUGUAGAAGACUUGCUUGAAAAGUUUUGCACGUUACUAGACCACCUUCAAGUGGAAACAGCAUUAUUGAAAAGUAGCCAAAAUUUAAAUGAGGUCAUCAUGUUUAUUAAAAACUUUGUUCUUGAUAUUUCCAAUAAAAUCUGCAUUUUAAGAAGAUAUUUAGAUAGAUUGAAAGAAAAGAAUAGCUCUCUUCAGGAAGAGUCAGUGCAAUCCGUUUCCAAUGAGUCUUCUCAUACGCCAAUUACCGUUGAUAAUAAUACAGAGAAAACUGUGGAUUUUGGUAAUAUUGAAAGUUCUGCUAUUAAGGAUUGUAAAAAGGCACUUUUUAACGAACCAGAAUAUCCAAAAAUAUCUUUACUUAAAGAGGAAGAGUUCAAUAAUCUACCAAAGUAUAUGAUUGGAAGGCAAUCCUUGCAAGUAAUUAAUGGCUUAAUUAAUUCUAUCAAUCAAGUAUUAAAAGCUAAAUAUUCCUUGUUGUCUGCUGGAAAGGCAGCCGCUAGAAAAAAGGGGGAACAUGAUUUGAUGUAA